UAGGGAAACGUAGAGAGUGUCAGUACGCGGAGAUACGUCGUCCCCCAUCGUCGUCGAGUCGCGCGUGUGCCUUUCGAAAUCGACACUCGACCGUGUGAGUUCAGUGUUACGAAUAAUAAUAAAGGAAAAAAAAAAAAAAUAAUAAAAAGUAAAAAAAUAAAAAAUAAAUAAAAAAAGAUAAGAAAUAAAUAAGUAGGAAAAAAUUUUGAAAAAAUAAAGAAUAAUUAUUCCAAAUAUCGAGACGUUCCAUCCAAGGAUCGAGGAGGCUCGAAGAUAGACGUGGAUUUUUUUUUUUUUUUUACUUUAUCUGUGUCGGGAACACGCGUCGUGCCGGAAGGCUCGGCGUAUCACGCACGCGACCCAGGCCACUUUUUGACGUUUCCAAGCUGUUGAUAUUUGUUUUCCUUAUCUACUUCCGCGCGAGACGAUCUAACGCAGCAGCGUGCUCGAGGGUGUACACGAGGAGGGUAUCGUGGAAGAGUGAGCUCGCCUCGCGCAGGAACCCGCGAUGCACGCGAAAGUCGAAGCACCAGGUGGCCGAGGCGCGAUGAACGUGUGCCGCGAGUAAAACGCGUGGCGUUUGGAUGGCUUGCAAACGGAAGCGGAAAAAGUCGUGGAAGAACGCCUGAGGGAAGCCGCGGAGUGACACUCGCGCCGGCCAGCAUGGCGUAGCGGCGCCGCGCGUAACUUCUUCCAAGCAAGCACUGUGUGCUUCAGUCAGAGGUUCAGUUUGGUGAAAAGCGACCGACCGAGGGCGGAGGAGAGAAAGACGCAAUGCGGUAGCGUGUGGUAGAAUAGCGAGAGUUUAGCGGAUCAACGUGUGGUUGGCGGAGAGUGAGUUUACCACAGGGAGAACGAAACUGGGCCAUAAUACUUGGAGUCGAAGGGCCCGGAAGUGGGUGAAAGCCACUCGAACAACCGGCCCCGGCGACGACGGCCCUGCCUUCCGGCGAUGAUCGGAUACAAUCAACACAAUUCCGGCUACAACAAGCUAUUCACGCAGGGCUCGGCAGACUCGAACUACUCACAGCCGAGCUCGGAUCUCUCGCUGGACGAGGAGAAAGAGAGCUUGCGUCGUGAGAAGGAGAGGCAGGCCCUCAAUCAACUUGAAAAAGCCAGGACGAAACCGGUAGCGUUUGCAGUGCGGACCAAUGUGAGCUAUGACGGAUCCGUCGAUGAUGAUUCGCCGGUCCAUGGCUCGGCUGUCAGCUUCGAGGUUCGCGACUUCCUGCACAUCAAGGAGAAGUACGACAACAACUGGUGGAUAGGCAGGCUGGUGAAAGAGAACUCGGACGUCGGUUUCAUCCCAUCCCCGGUGAAGUUGGAGGCCCUGAGGCAGCAGGCGAGCGCUGCACGUGGUACAAAGGGUCUCUACUCGGCGCGUGGAGGGUCUUCAGGGAACCUUGGCGAGAGUGGUGACGACAGCGACAGCGUGCGGGGCGGUAAGGCAACGUUGACCACACCACCGGCCAAGGAGAAAAGGAAGAACUUCUUCAAGAAGCCGGAAACGACCACGCCUUACGACGUUGUACCAUCCAUGAGGCCUGUCGUGUUGGUCGGUCCAUCGUUGAAGGGUUAUCAGGUCACGGAUAUGAUGCAGAAGGCGUUGUUCGAUUACUUGAAGCACAGGUUCCGAGGCAGAAUAAUUAUCACUAGGGUAAUGGCGGACAUUUCAUUGGCAAAGAGAUCGUUACUCAACAAUCCAACGAAACGAGCGAUCAUGGAACGAUCCACCAGCAGGAGCAGCUGUUUGGCCGAGGUUCAGGCCGAGAUCGAGAGGAUUUUCGAGCUCGCCAGAACCCUUCAGUUGGUAGUGUUGGACUGCGACACGAUCAAUCACCCGUCUCAAUUGGCGAAGACCAGUCUGGCGCCGACGAUCGUCUACCUGAAGAUCUCCUCGCCCAAAGUGCUCCAGAGGUUGAUCAAGUCGCGGGGGAAGUCGCAGAUCAGACACCUGAACGUGCAGAUGGUGGCCGCCGAGAAGCUGGCCCAGUGCCCGCCCGAGAUGUUCGACGUGAUCCUGGACGAGAAUCAGUUGGAGGAGGCUUGCGAGCACGUGGCAGAGUACCUGGAAGCAUAUUGGAGGGCCACGCAUCCCCAAGUGAUCCCGGCCGUGCCACGUCCUAUUCCUGCACCGGAUGCACCGGUCGACGUGCUCACACCCCGCGUCACAUCAGGACACAGCGGUGGACACGUGAGCGAGGGGAGCCGGAAGUCGAGGCUGGAGAGGAUGGAUCGUGAUCGGGGCGAUCGUGGUGAACACGACUACGGCAACGAGGAGGAAUCGUACGUCAGUGGCGUCGAUUACGGGAGCGCAUCUAGGCGUCGCCAGCAGCAAGACCCGCGCGCAUUGAACGCCAUUUAGGAGCUGGGGCCCCGGGGCCUGUCGCUACAGCGCUGUCCCCACCUGCGCACCACUGCUCUUUAGUGGGGUCGCCACCUGGAAUUCCGUAAAACGAUGGGCGGGUUGAUAAUCGAAUGUCCUUGUCGAUGAAGGUACGCACAGGAUAAAUCCCCCAUUCGCGGAGCCAGCUCAACGAGAUGAGUAUGUACACAGAGAACAAACCAAAGAAAAUUAUAUACAGAAUCAGAGAGAGUGAUAAGAGAGGUAUUAAGAUUAUAUUACAUACGAGUGUGAGGGAAAAAAAAAAAAAAAAGAAUGAGAGGAAAAAAGAGCCCUGGGGCCUUAAUUUUUUGCGCUGACUCCUCCUGGGCCCCUAUACCCACCCCCACGAGAAUCAUAAGAUUUUUUAAGAUCGAUGAUUUAUAGGAGAAAUGCUCGUGAAUCGGCAUCGGGUCUUUGUUAAAAAAAAAAAAAAAAAAAAAAAAGAAACGCCACGAGAUGUUCGCUCGAAAUUAGAUAAUAGACGAUAAAUAGACGAUUUGGACGAUUAACGAGAUCGGAAAAGAGAGA